AUGCUUUGGAUUGAUAAGUACCAGCCAAAAUAUUUGAAAGAUUUGAAGUGCAACAAGGAGCUUAAUAAUUUAUUAGAAAAGAUUACUUCAAAUUCAAAUGGUAAUAUUCCACAUUUGCUUUUUUAUGGCCCUUCGGGAGGAGGGAAAAAGGUAAGGAUUUUGUCCGUUUUGCAUGAAAUUUUUGGAGACUCAGUGGAUAAGGUAAAAGCAGAUAUGAUAAAACCUGAAGGAACAAAUAGUGAAUUCGUUUUGUGUCAAAGUCCACAUCAUAUGCAAAUAAGUGCACCAGAUUUGGGUACAAAAGACAGCGUAGUUACGCAAUAUUUGAUUAAACAGUUAAGCUCACAAAUGGGUGCAAACUCAUUCUUUUCUAAAGGGCCAAAUUACCGUGUAUUUACAAUAUUAGAGGCAGAUGUUUUGUCACUAAAAGCUCAGGCAGGGCUAAGAAGAACUAUGGAGAAGUACUCAAACAAUAGCAGAUUAAUUUUGCAUUGUGAACAAUUAUCCUCAAUUAUCCCUCCCUUAAGAAGCAGAUGCUUAUGCAUUAGAGUACCUCUUCCUUCUCCUGAGGAAGUUUUUCAGGUUUUGAGGUAUAUUUCUAAUUCUGAAAAUCUUCAAGUAUCUGACAAUUAUCUUGAGCAAAUUGUUGCUGAAUCUGAAUGUAAUUUGAGAAGAGCAAUUUUAAUAUUGGAAACUGCAUAUACACAAUCUUUUUCAAGUCCACCAACUGCUCUAAAGCUUCCAUGGCAAAAAGUUUGCAUUGAUAUUGCAACUAGCAUUGUAAAGAAUCCGCAUCCAAAAACACUAUUAGAUGCAAGGGAACCUCUAUAUGAUUUACUAUGUAGCUGUAUCCCAGCAGACUUGAUUCUUGUUACACUAACUAAACAACUACUUUCGAUUGUUUCUGCUAGUGCUCACCCAAUCAUUAUUAAUGCUGCAGCUCAUUAUGCACAUACUUUAAAACUCGGAAACAAAGAUAUAUGGCAUAUCGAAGCCUUUCUCGCUCAAGCUAUGAACUGCCACAAAUAUUCAAAAUAA